UACACUUGACUAACGUAGUGGUAUACAAAACAUGGAGGGUGCCGGAGCUUACGGUGGUGGCAAAGCCGGAGGGGCAUUUGAUCCUAUAAAUUUUGUACAAAGACCUCAAGUAAUUUUGCGAGCAGUUUGUUGGCUUUUCUCGAUUAUAGUUUUUGGAUGUAUAUCUUCACAAGGAUGGCAACCUGUAGACAAAAAAAUGACUUGUUUGUAUAACGGUGACGCGAAUGCUUGUAAUUACGGUGUUGGAAUCAGCGUUAUUGCAUUUCUGGCUAGUAUGGGUUUCUUGGUCGGCGAAUAUAUGUUUGAACAAAUGUCAUCAGUGAAAACACGAAAGCAUUAUGUACUGGCAGAUCUUGGAUUCUCUGGUUUUUGGGCAUUCCUUUAUUUUGUUGGUUUUUGGUACUUAACAAAUCAGUGGGGAAAAUCAAAUGAUCCGCCAAAUGGAAUUGGUGUUAGUAACGUUCAGGCAGCCAUAGCAUUUUCAUUCUUUUCCAUAUUUUCAUGGGCUGGCAGUGCGUUUUUCGCUUUCCAACGUUUCCGUCAGGGUUCGGACGCAGCUUUCGCCUCCAACUUUGAGGCAGAUAAUAUGCAGACAAACUAUCCAUCGUAUCCAGGUGGUCCUGACGUGGAACAGCAUUACCAAGAGCCUCCGUUUGCAACUGGACCCAAUGCAAGAGGACCCCCAGAUUUCCAGGCACCCGCCUAUUAAUGAUUCCCAGCUAGUCAAUAAAAAGCUGCCCAAAGAAGACAUUCGGAUGAUACACAUCCGAUAUUUAUUUAUAUUGAAUUACUUUUGUACUUAGACGGUACACAUACGGUUGAGAUUUUAUAUUUUACAUACUCAGUAUGUUUUAUUGCGUUGUUUAGAACCUUUUUUUCGCCUUUUUACGAUUUUUUAAAAAAAUAUUUGAGGCGUACUAACGUGUAUUUCGAAAUCGAGCCCAAAGUGUUGAAAGUUAUUUCUAUAGCAUUGUUCAAUGUACAGUAACUAAAUGUCUACAGUUAUAUUAGUAUUAUAUCAGCUUGUAGAUUGUAUUUUAAGGGUGCUUAUCGAUAUCUAGAUUUAGUUUGUGUGCACAUUACUGAAGUGACAAAAGUAUAUUAAAUGAUGACGUCUGUCUCAUAUCUUUGCUCUUACUGUUUUAACAACUUAAAACUGUUAUUUUUCUUUAUAUCUACAGGUUUUCUAGAAUAUAGAGUGCUACAGAUAUUGUCCGCGUAUUAUAUGAUAAUUAAUUGGUUUAAGUGAAAGUUGAUUUCAACAUGAGUUUUGGAUUGGGGUAAAAAUAACUUAAAAUAUCCUGUUGCUUCUAGAAGCAUCUAGCCCUACCGGUGACUGACUAUCCAAUCGACACCAAGUUUCACGAAUAAGUUUUGGAUACUUUGGUUUCAAUCUUUUUCUUCGGGAUUCUAUGUUUUUUCUUUUAAUAUUAAUGCAAAUUCUAUUGCUUUGACUGCCUUGAUUUUAAAAUUGACACAUUACCUAAUGAUUCCGUCUCUGAUCGUAAUUUCCGGAUAAUAAGUUACUGGUAGCAACUAGAAGCAAGUGUUUCUGCCAAGUAUCUGUCAAAUUUGACAUUUAAAAAAAUAAUUUAUCCAAAAAAAUAAUUAAUCUUAAAUUGGACUAACCUAUUUAACCAAAACAAUACAAGACAGGACAUUAUAUUUGUCUCUCUCAUUGCAUAGGCGAGAGAAAGAAGCAUAUAUGAAAUGUCAAACAUCCAUCUUGUCUCAAUUUUCCUUGUUUAUUUUGUUAAGAAAAGUGUUUUUCAGUAAAAAUUUUUAAUAUUUUUCUAUCCCCAAUCAAAGGGCAAGAGAGGGGGCGAGAACCUCUCACCUCUGCUCCAGCUAGGAGAGAAAAGAGCGUGGAUGGAAAGCCGUCCAACACCGGGAGGCAAUCAGGGACCGCUAUUGCUUGACAGGUGAGAAUGGCGGUGCUGCCAAAGGAUUACCCAGAAGUUGCACUGACCAUCGACCAGCAAACAGCUCUAGAAGAGACGAUACUGGACGAAAUCGUAGCGAGUAGAUUGCAACGCAACGAUCCACAAAAUGUGGAUCAGCCGCGUUUUGGGGGGUUACACUUUCGUGUGGACAUCCUUAUAGAUUGUGCAUCUCAAGAAUCGGCUGAUUGGUUGAUGGAGAGAAACGGCACCUAAGCUGAGAAGUGACAGAGGCCGGAACUGGUUGCAGUGGAUGAAGAAAACAUCCCUAAAGAGGCGACCAUCACGGCCUUUCUGUCGAGGAGCAAGGGGAAAGACACCACCUACCUGCUGAGCCUUAUUCAAGCUCAGGACUCCAAUGUAAGGUUAUUGAGUUGGCGAGUCAUCAACACGAGGGAGGAGGGCCAUGGUAAGGUCCCCGCAAUAGGAAUUGCUCUCAAAUACAAGGAGGCAAUAGAGAAAGAGGGAUAAGUCUCUAUUAUAGAUUCGGAACAAUAUCGGUAUCAGGUCUAACCUAUCCAGAACUACGAUACAGUAUUCUUUAUCCGCUGCGCUGUCAACGACUAUCAGCGCACAGCAGCGCAGACCUACACUAAAUCUCGGAAUUCUCGGACAGGUGACGGUAACGCCAGCUACAUCUCGGACAGUUUUUGGGCCACGAAAUCGCCCAUAAGGUUGCGCGUCUUCUUAUUUCUUCAAUCAACGGUAAAACGAGAGACUUAAGGGAGUUCUCAAGUCUGUAAUAGUUAUUUAUGUAUCAAGGAAAUUAUAAAGAUGUUAAAUUACCAAAGUUUCUAAGGAGAGACCAAGUUAAAGAGGUGUUUGGUUUGGUUUGGUUUGGUUUUGGAUUGGGGUAAAAAUAACUGCAAAUAUUUCAUCCUGUUGCUCCUAGAAGCAUCUAGCUGUACUGACUAUCCUGUUUCACAAAUAAGGUUUGGAGACUUUUGUUUAAAUAUUUUUCUUUUAAUUUUAGUGCAAUUUCUAUUCCUUUGAUUGCCUUGAUUUUAAAAUUGAAUAUUUCAUGUCAAAAUUUUCAGUCACAUGCAGUGUAAGCUCCGUAGCAAGAAAUUUCUUGCCUAGCCUAUGUUAUUUUUAUACAAUUGAUGAGUCACUAGACAGGAAAUAGUUACUGGCAGCAGCUAGAAGUAAGUGUUUCUCUGGAGUAUCUGUCGAAUUUGACAUAAUAGAUAGACUUGAUGACAUAAUAGAAAAAUAAAUGAUCAAAAAAUACUAAAUAAUAUCUUGAAUUGGGCAAACCUAUUCAACCGAAACAAUACAAGACAUGGCAUUAUAUCUGUCUCUUUCGUUGCAUAGGCUAGAGAGAAGCAUAUAUGAAAUGUCAAACGUCCAUCUUGUGAAAAGUGUUUUCAGAAAAAAAAUUAGAAGAUUUUUCUAUCCCCAAUCAAAGAGCAAAAAAGGCAGGAGAGGGAGCGAAAACCUUUCACCUCUGCUCCGGCUAGGAGAGGAAAAAACCAGGAUGGAAAGCCGUCCAACACCGAGAAACAAGCAGGGACGUAUCACAAGCUUUACCGCUAUUGCUGGACAGGUGAAAAUAUCGGUGCUGCCAAAGGAUUACCCAGAGGUGGCUCUGACCAUCGACCAGAAAACGGCUCUAGAAGAGACGAUACUGGACGAAAUUGUAGCCAGCGGAUUGCAACGCAACGAUCGACAAAAUGUGGGCCAGCUGCGUUUUGCGUUUGGGUUGGUUGAAAAUAUUCCUAAAGAGGCGACCAUCAGGGUCUUUCUGCCGAGGAGAAGGGGAAAGACACCACUUACCUGCAGAGCCUUCCUCAUUGGCUCAGAACUCCAAUGUAAGGAUAUCGAGUUGGGGAGUUAUCAGCUCGAGGGAGGAGGGCCAUGAUGAGAUCCUCACAAUAGGAAUUGACCUCAAAUACAAGGAGGCAAUAGAGAAAGAGGGAUAUAUGCUCUAUUAUAGAUUCGGGAAAACAUGGGUAUCAUGUCUAAGGAGACGACACCAAGUUAAAGAGGUGUUAACGUUAGGUAACCAAGUUAAAAAUUUGCCAUCGUGUCAAACAUCUGCUGUAAGUUGGCAUUCAUGUCCGAAAUUGUUUUACGCAAACUCGAAUAGUUAGCACGAAGAGCAUAGGUUUAUUAGGUAAUCUUUGGUAUUUAUUACGUCAAAUAUAGCAUAAAUAUAUUUAAACUCACCAGGGCAGAGACAAGCGAUAAAGUUCAUUGUAGAACAUUCGCCAAAAUUCACGGUAGACCUGAUAAGCAAGGACAGCAAUACAGUCAAAGCUCUAGUGGGUCUAACCUAACCUAACAGAGCAAUAUAAGCUGAAUGGGCACCUAAAGCUGAUGGGACAGACGGACGAACCCAUGUGUAGGUUCUGCCAAUCUGAAGAAGAAACGACAGAACACAUUUUAUGUCGGUGCGAUAGCCUGGCAAAUGUGCGGUUCUCGGUAAUAGGCAAUGAUAGGCCAUUGCCAGGGAGCUAUAUGGAGGGUUUAAGUUGCUAAACUUUAUGAAAAGGAUAGGACUGGAGAAUGUAAUUUAAGAAUCAGAAGAGAUCUGACUGAGAAGGUCGCAAUGGACCAGUCCGAGUGCCACCUCUAGGAAUGUAAUCUAAAUAUUUAAACGUCAAAUUUGAUGGAUACGACAGUCAAAGCAACAGGGUACCUAUUCUUAACCACGAUGAAUACGAAACUGAACUUGACACGCUGAUGAUGAAUGGCACGCUGGCAGUCAAAUUUUACCUAAACUAAUUAAUGAUAAAAAUUUAUAUUUGGACUUCUGUGGCACUCUAUGGUUAUGAUUUUAUAACAAAAAAUAUUAAGCAAUGUGUUAUUCUAAAUAUAUGUACAGUUAAAAAUACCUGCGCUUAAAAGUGGAUAUAUAUUAUACUCCCCAAAUAUGACAUAAGGAAUCUCAGAAAGUCUAUUUCUUUUAGUGAUAUAUGUUGCCAUGCAUGUUUACUUUCCCUUUAAAACAGUUACGUUUGUUUUUUCUUAUGUUUAACCAUAGUAAAUAUUAAUAAAAAAGUAUUUAAUCAUUCACCAUAUAGGUAUGACGUAAAAGAUGAGUCUCGUAAUUUAUGUAUUUAUAAAAAUGACACGAUAGAUCUGAUAUAAAUAUUCACAGGGAUUUCUUAAAAAA